AUGGGAAAUAGUUCUAGACCUUCAAAUUAAUAGUAAAAUCAAUCUUCAUUACAAACAAAGCAAGUGAAUAGAUCUGAAGAUGAAUUGACUAAAUAUUUGACUUAGAGUAUGUUUAAAUAUGUGAUUAGAUUAUUCAACUUUUCCAUCAUCAAUACUCUAAAAACCUGAGUUUAAAGCAUAAAGAGUAAGUUGUUUAAGGUGUGAGUUUUUACUAUUUGAUGAUGGAUUAGGUAGAACAAAUAUAUGUGAAGAAUGUCAAAUUCCGUAUGUCAUAAAGGAUGGAGUGAUUAGUCUUGUUAAUCAGAGUUAGGAUUUUUAAUGUUACACAUAUAGUUUCCCAUUAUAAUAUUUAGAUUAGGUUGUGCUACGUGUGAAUCAGUAUUUGUAGUAAUUACUAUAGGACUUGUAUUAAUCACAUUUCAUAUGGAAACUUGAUGACUUAAAUUAUAUUGCCAUUCUUUUAGAUGAGAGAAAGAGUAAUUACAUCUGGGGCUUGCUUCAAUAUUGAUUAAUUUGAAUUUAGAGUAGUUGGAUGUGGUUCCUAACUCUAAGGUAUUGUAGGUACUGGUACAAAGAUUUAUUGUUAUGAAUCAUAUACAGAUAGAAUCUUGUAUAAAUUGAAAAUAUAUACACAAAGAAAAAAUUGUUAAGAUGAAAUUUUUCAUUAUUUCUUUUCUCAUCCAAAAGAAAAUCAACUCAUUUAAGGUAUAUAUAAUUAUAAAAUAUUGAUAGAUUCAUAUAUAAAAAUAAAUAAUUAGGAAUAUUUUAUAUUGUAAUGCACAGAAUAAUCAGGAAGAUUACAUUUAUAUACAAAAAUGGAAUGUAUUUCUAAUGUUCCUAGAUUAUCUAAAGUGUAAUUUAUUAUUUUAAAGCAACCAAUUGAAUUUUCUCGUAGUAAUAGAAAUUAAGCAAUUUAAUAAGUGUUAAACUAAGUUAUUUAACCUUAUUUUGUAGGAUUGACUAGAUAUUUAGAGAAAGGUUAGAUAUUAAGGAUUGGUGAUUUCAUUUUUGAAGUGUGUUUAGAUGAGGAUUAUGGAUUUGUAAUUCCAAAUUAAACACAUAUUCAAAUUACAGAUUAAGUUGAUUAAAGAAUGAAUCUAUAAUAAUUAGAAUUAAAUCAAAGCUACAAUAUUAUAAAUAGAUCUAUUAAUAAUACUAGAUAAGAUUAGAUUGAAUCAUUACAUAGAUUAUUAAAUACAUUUAUAUAAUUAAAUGAAAAUGGCACUAUUGAAGGUAAUAUAGGAUGUGAAGAACAUGAGAUAUAAUAAUUACCAGUAAGAAAGAUUAAUUUAGAAUAAAUUAAAUAAUUAGAUGAAGAUCAUAUGAAAUGUUUAAUAUGUCUAUGUGAAUAUGAAAAAGAAGAUUUAGUUAAAACUAUUCCAUGCUGUAUAUAUUAUAAUAUAUAUAUAUAUAGUACAUUAUUUUCAUGAUGAUUGUAUUGACAAAUGGCUUAAGAAAAGCAGACAUUGUCCAAUUUGUAAAAAUGAGCUAGAAGUUUGA